AUGAAAGGCCAGCUGGGCAGACCGUCGGUCCCAUCCCCACAUCUGCGAGAGCACUGUGAGAAACUCCCAGUACGAGCGGACUCCAACACAGUAAAAAUCGACCAAGAGCCACUCCACUUUUCGGUCACGCCAGGGACGGAAUGUGUGGACACAACUGGCCACGUAGUCGGAAAAGCAUGUUGCCCUGCUAAUGCGAUAGCGGUAAAAUCAUACAUCAGCGGGCUCCAUUAUGCAGAACUCGGAUGCGGCGCUUACAAGUGA